AUGUCUUCUGCCACCUUUACACAGACCAGAACGUUUGCACAGAACCUCGAGAAGCAGACAGAACAGCUUCUAAGCCGUCUUUCCAAGAUCCAAUCAGGAGGCGUUUCUGUGGAUCCUUCCGAGGAGGAAACCACCGUGACCAAUUCGAUUCUUGAGGUAUUUGAGAAAAGAGAAGAAGUGGUAGGAAGACUCAAUCGUCUUCUGGAGGCGGAUGUCAACAUGUCUACGUCGAAACUUCAACAGCUACAGAGACACAAGGAGGUGUUGGCGGACCACAAGGGCCUGUUCAACAAGAUUCAGGGAAGGAUCACCGAGGAGAGGAAUAGAAACAACUUGCUUUUCACCAUCAGAUCAGACCUUUCUGCCCACAAACAGCGGGAAAUCCUGCUGGGACCAGACAGCGAGAACAACUACAUCUUGGACGAAAGAGCCAGGGUCGAUAACGCCAACUCAUUUGCUGAUAGGCUUCUUCAACAGGCCUAUGAAACGAGAGAUGAGCUUUUCAGUCAGCGUGUGCAGUUGCAGAAUGCCGCCAACAGGGUUCUGGGGACUUUGCAGAAUAUCCCAGGCAUCAAUGUGUUGAUUUCAAAGAUCAAUACGAGGAGGAAGAGGGAUACCCUUAUCAUGGGCUUUGUCAUUGCAUUCUGCAUCAUUGACUACAUGGAUCCCGAAUUCAACGACCGUAUCGGUCUCUUGAGGCUACGUCGUAUUGAACAGUUGAAUGAGCGUUUAAAGCAGCAGCUCAAGAAAGACCGCAUUCCAGCCUCCAAGGCCGCUGGGCUUAUCAUAGAGAACACCGAGGAAACGAGCGAUCCACUCGUUCCUUACCUUUGGCUGGAGUUUGCUCAGCGCAACAAGUUCAAAACCCAUCAGCAAAUGAAGCUGGGUUCUUCCGCUGGGGUCUGUGCUGCACAAUCGUCUAAUAUGGCCUACUGA